GCGGGGCGGAGUCUCACGCAGAUAUGAACACGGCUCACACAGCACACAGCUCAGAACCAAACUCUGCGCUAUAAAAGACACAUCAAACGAGGGAACUUUUCUAUUCCAAAAUAACCGUGUGGUAUAAAUAUUCAAUAUAAAAAGCUAAGGAUUACUGAGGAAAUAAAUCUCACAAUUUCGCACUUACCACUAUACCCUUCCGUUCACAGCACCAUGGUGAGACAGAGCAUACUGACGACCGGCAACUCACGGCGGCCACCCCUGAGGUGCAAGACAUUCACAGGCAUGCGGCAGCACAAGCUCAUCCUGCAAGCCCUCAGCAAGCUCCAGCAGAGCGGCUUCUACUGGGGGGCCAUUAGCGGCCGCGAAGCCCAGUCGUUGCUGGAGACCCAGGCGGUGGGCACCUUCCUGCUGCGCGACAGCUCCGACACACGCCACUUCUUCACCCUCAGUGUCAAGACGCAGCAGGGCACCAAAAACCUGCGCAUGCAGUGUGACUCCGAGAGCUUUUGGCUGGAGUCAGACCCCCACUGCCAGAAACCUGUACCCCAGUUUGACUGCGUGUUGAAGAUGAUCCACUAUUACAUGCCACACGGGGACUCACACUCACCUUCCUGCUACGUCUACUCGGAUGGAGGGAAGGUCCCUCUGACCCUGCACAGACCCCUGACCUGUGGCCUCACAUCACUCAAGCACCUGUGUCGCAAGACUGUAAAUGGCCACCAGGAUGUGUGUGUGGAGCGCCAGCACCUACCUCUCAUGCUCCAGGAGUUCCUAGAGGAGUACGAUGCACCCAUCUAAUGGAUCCUUGACCAACUGCAUGAACGCACACACGACAAAGUUCAUUGCCUAAGUCUGGGUGUCUCUAAUUCUGCAAAAUGGAGAACAAACCAAAGACUGAGAGGGACUGAACCAGAGAGUUCCAGGCAACUUACGGUCAAUGCCUCACUUGCCAUGCUGUGGUUGCUGGUUGCCAUGGCAUCAGGAUUAGGGUGGAAGUUGGUUGGAAAUCCACCUCAGCAUUUCCAACUAAAUAUUUGUGUGUUCCAGUAAAGCCGUGGUACAUACACACUCACUCAUUCACACACUUGCCUGUCCUGGCAGGAAUGAGUAAGAGAGCGGUACAUGCCUGAGGGAUGGCACAAGGCUCAUGUAAACACACACUUACGGACACAUAAACACACAGUGAAGCAAUAAACUGAGAAACAAGGGAAUAAGAAAAAGAAGAAAAGGGGCUGUGGACAGGAAGACCAACAAUCACUGGCCUUAAAUAAAUAUCAGUGGAAUGCCCACACGCAGAUGUUCGGUGAAGAAGCAACAGGAGCUGGCCACACAUGGCCCCUGUGGGACAGAACUGUGGUCACUGACUUCAAAGGACUCAUGUACCAAAUGUGUGUAGACUGCCAAUAAUCAGGAAAUAGCCUGGCCUAGUCCAGAACGUCAGUAUAUAGUGUAUGACAUCUUGUGAAUAUGUUCGUGUGACACUGCAGACAAAUGAAUGUAUUAAAUGAGGGGAGUGAGUUACUCAGACAGAAGACUUAUGUAUAAGUCCUCCUGUCCUCUGAUGUUUACACGUUAGAGAAUCUUCUCUCCCCCUUAGAAACUCCAGCCUCUCUUUACCUAAUGGAAGAAGCUGUACCUGACUGAAAUGACUUUGCACUUAAUUUAUUUAUGAAACAUUUGAGUAAUUUAUAUUAAAGAGCACUAUUUUCGUAGAAAA